UGUGUAGAGAUGUGUAGAGGACUUGGUUGUAUUGAAUAGUGAAUAUAUAUUUUCUGUAGUUUUUUUUGGACUUUGGAGUGAAGAGAGAAAGAUGGGUAAGUUCAAAAGGGUCUGUGUCUUUUGUGGAAGUAAUUCAGGGAAUAGAAAGAUAUUUGGAGAUGCAGCUCUUGAUCUUGGAAGACAAUUGGUGGAGAAGAAGAUGGAUUUGGUGUAUGGAGGAGGGAGUGGUGGGCUGAUGGGGUUGGUUUCUCGAACAGUUUUUGAUGGUGGAUGUCAUGUUCUAGGAGUUAUCCCAAAUGCACUUGUUCCACUUGAGAUAUCUGGCCGUGCAGUGGGAGAAGUGUUGAUUGUAUCAGAUAUGCAUGAAAGGAAGGCUGAAAUGGCUCGCCGAGCUGAUGCUUUUGUUGCUCUUCCUGGAGGUUAUGGUACUAUGGAAGAGUUGCUUGAGAUAAUAGCCUGGUCCCAGCUUGGAAUCCAUGACAAACCAGUAGGUCUCUUGAAUAUUGAUGGAUAUUAUGAUUGCUUGCUGGGAUUGUUUGACAAAGGAGUGGAAGAAGGAUUUAUUAAUCCAUCUGCUAGGAAUAUUGUCAUAUCUGCACAAACUUCUCGAGAGCUGCUACAGAAGAUGGAGGAAUAUAUACCUGUGCAUGAUCAAGUAGCACCAAAACAAAGUUGGAACAUAGAGGGAAACCAGAACGGAAGUUUGUAGCUCUUCAUUUUUGUUUGCCAUCCAAGAAUGAAAUGGGCCUUAUUUGCAACAACACCAUAUUUCUAAAAGGCUGUUGGCAUUGUGUGUGCAAGCGGAUAAAGAUUCACAAGAGACAAUUGAUAUUCCAAAUGGAUAGAGGGUGCUACUUGUUCACAAAGACCCUUUCUUGAUUUGUGCUUGAUAGACUAACUUCACAAAAAUGAAUAUUUAUAUUUUCCUGAAAAAGGAAUAAAUAUAGUAUAGCUUCAACA